UCAAAUUAUCGGGAUAUGUAUUUCCUUAGAUAUUAGGGCCGCAAAGAGACCGAUUAGACGACAACAAUAAUUAUUCUUUGUCAAAUUUAUUCGUUAAAAUCUUAGAAACUGACGCAAACCGAUGCAAACGGCUUGAAAGGUUGUAUGAGAACAAAUGUUUAGACCGUUGGCCCGAAGAUUUUUACAGAAAUCCAUCUGGCCAGCAUGCUGCUCAUGUAACAGAUUGAACAAGAAUAUUAUCAUCAUCUUUGGCAGUCCGCCAAGUUUCACAAAAACAUCACACAGAUAUAUAUCAUUAAAUUCGCAAAGAAUAAGAUUUCCUAAAAUGACGGGAGGGAAACUAAACACUGUAAAAAUGGACUCUCAAGAUUUUAAAGCACUCUUCACCCCAGAAUUAAACCAGCUCAUUGCAUUGUUUGAGAAGAAUAAUUAUGAGCUGCGUAUUGCUGGCGGCGCUGUACGGGACCUGUUGAUGGAGAAGAAGUUGCAUGAUGUUGAUUUUGCGACAACUGCCACACCAGUACAGAUGAAAGAAAUGUUUGAACUUGCUGGGAUUAGAAUGAUCAAUGCUAAAGGAGAAAGCCAUGGUACAAUCACUUGUAGAAUUAAUGACAAGGAAAAUUUUGAGGUAACCACACUAAGAAUUGAUGUACGAACUGAUGGUCGACAUGCAGAAGUUGAGUUUACAAAAGAUUGGCAGCUGGAUGCCAACAGACGAGAUCUUACCAUUAACGCAAUGUUUCUAGGUUUUGAUGGGACAGUUUAUGACUAUUUCAAUGGUAUAGAAGAUGUUAAGAAUCGUAGAGUGAGGUUUGUUGGUAAUCCAGAGGAUAGAAUUCAGGAGGAUUUUCUAAGGAUCCUCAGAUACUUCAGGUUCUAUGGGAGGAUAGCAAAGUCUCCAAAUGAACAUGAUGAUGCAACACUGAAGGCAAUAAAGGAAAAUGCGGAGGGUUUAUCAGGGAUAUCUGGAGAAAGGAUUUGGAUGGAGAUGAAGAAAAUUGUUGUGGGAAAUUUUGCAGGCAGUAUUGUUAAAUGUAUGGUGGAAACGGGUAUUGUUAAAUAUUUAGGACUCCCUGAAGAUGCUAAUUUUGAGGAGUUUGAGAAGAUAUGUGACCGGACAGAAGACUUGAACCCACAACCAAUGACAAGAAUAGCUGCACUUCUUGAAAACUCAGAUCAGGUGUACCAAGUGAACAAGAGGCUUAAAGUGUCUAAUGAAGAACUUAAGACCUGUUUAUUUAUUGUAAUGUAUCGCGACCAAGAAGAAGGGGAUGACCUUAUUCAAUACUAUAAACAUUUAAUCACAAGGCUGUCUGGCAAGGAAAAAUAUGUUGUAAGGAGAGUCAUAGAGUUGUUCAAAUAUAAAGGUCUUCAUGAAAUGAUUACAGAAAUAUCAGAAUGGACACCACCUAAAUUUCCUCUCACAGGACAGGAUCUUUUAGACAAGGAGAUUAAACGCGGACCAGUAUUUGCAAAGACCCUUGAGGCUUUAAGGACUGUUUGGAUCGAUAGUGACUUUAAGUUGACGAGAGAAGAACUGGUCGAGAAAAUCGACGAGAUGGUGGCUCAUGUUCGGACUUGAAUAAGUUGUCUGAUUUGUUGUAUUUUGAAUGUUAUCUAAUCGUGUAAAAAAAGCAAUUAAAUGUUUCGUAAUUAUUA